UCGCAGCAGCGGCAGCAGCACAACACCGGGAUCUCCAUCCACCAGUUUCUGUGAUCGGAGGAGGUGAUCCGCGCAUGGGAAAAUGACAAUCAAGUUUGUGGUCAUCCUCUUCAUACUUCUCGUUCAAGGUGCUCGUUCUGAUCUACUGGAUUAUGGCGACGACGACGAGGAUCCCAACGAUACCACCGUCAAUCAGAUGCUGGUCCCCAGGUCGCACCAGGAGGAUGCCACAAAUAUACUGAACAAUUUGCUCAAGGAAUACGACAAGACGCUGCGGCCGGAUAUUGGAGUGAAACCUACAGUCAUCGAUGUGGGCAUAUACAUCAACAGCAUCGGGCCUGUGUCAUCCAUCGAUAUGGAGUACCAGAUCGAUAUUAUCUUCGCCCAGACCUGGGUGGACACCCGUCUGCGCUACAACAGCAGCAGCAGCAUGCGGCUCACCCUCAACAGCAAUAUGGUCGGUCUGAUCUGGCUGCCCGACACCAUCUUUAGGAAUUCCAAGACCGCCGACUCUCACUGGAUAACGACGCCCAAUCAGCUGCUCCGGAUCUGGAACAAUGGAAAAGUACUGUACACACUGAGGAUGACCAUCAACGCUGAAUGCCAGCUGCAACUCCAUAAUUUCCCGAUGGACGAACACUCCUGUCCUCUCGUCUUCUCCAGCUAUGGCUACCCACGAGACGAGAUCGUGUACAAGUGGAGCCGCAACUCGGUGGAGACGUCGGACCAGAAAUACUGGAGGCUGUACCAGUUUGACUUCAUGGGGCUCAGAAACACCACAGACGUGCUCACGACGACAGCAGGUGAAUACGUGGUGAUGACCGUGUACUUUGACCUGAGCAGACGGAUGGGCUACUUCACCAUCCAGACCUACAUCCCCUGCAUCCUGACCGUGGUCCUCUCCUGGGUCUCCUUCUGGAUCAAGAGCGACGCCACGCCUGCAAGGACGGCUCUCGGUAUCACCACAGUGCUGACCAUGACCACCCUGAGCACAGUGGCCAGGAACUCACUACCCAGAGUGUCCUACGUGACGGCCAUGGACCUGUUUGUCACCGUCUGCUUCCUGUUUGUCUUCGCUGCCAUGAUCGAGUACGCCAUGCUCAACUACUACUCCUACAGUAUACGUAGACCUCCUGCCAAGACACAGAGAAUGGUUGCUAAAAUACAUUCGGCUGCGGGGCCCGUCCACUGUGCCGGGACCCGUGCCUGCUUCUCCAGACUGGGGGCGUGUCAACUACCAUCCAAUGCCUACUCAUCCUUCAACAUGGGCCACACCCCUCGGUCCAUGAUGCCCAUGGGCAACUCCCUGUUCUGGCAGGACUACGACGACAACUGCCUGUACGAGUGCCUGGACGGGAAGGAUUGCAAGAGCUUUUUCUGCUGCUACGAGGAGUGUAAAGAAGGCGGCUGGAGGAAAGGACGCAUCCACGUCAACAUCCGCGAGCUGGACGCCUACUCUCGGGUCUUCUUCCCCACCUCCUUCCUGCUCUUCAACAUAGUCUACUGGGUCAGCUACCUCUACCUCUAG